CCAUGCUGCCACAGCAGCAGCACAAGUGCACGUUUGAAAGUCAGAGAAAAUAUGUCUUCCAAAGAAAUCCAUCCGUAAAUCCAACCAGAGAACAAUGCUGUGCAUUCACCACGGCGAGCCGCGUUUCAUUUCCCGUUCCUUUCAGCUGGCAUUGCACCCGUUGAGCCACGGAGGAGGAAAAUAAUCACAGUGGCAAAGCUUUGGCAUAGCGUUGCUGGCUAAUCCGUUUCAUGUUCCAACAUGCUUUGUCCCUGCCUUAUUCUGAACGGCGAUUCGGCGUUUCCGCCGCGGAAAUGACGGAUCCCAUUGCGAAUUAAUUUUCUCCCGUUCUUUAUCUUGUUGAUUUGCGUUGUUGUGUUGUUCUGGAUUGGAUUGCAGUUGCCUUCGUUGCGCCAUGGAGUCCGGGAAUCAUGACGACAUCACCGUCAUGUUCGUCACGGCCAAUGUCGGGACUUUAUUCGAAAUGGCGGAUGUGAUGAUGAAUCUAUGGAUCAAAGAGUUUAUCCAGGCGGUGGCGUUGCGGCGGCCGCAGCUGAUCGCGCUGCACUGCCAGGAGCUGGGCGGCAAGAAGGCCACGCGGACGACGAUGGAGCAGACCAGCCAGUUCGCGAGGCAGCUGCUGGAGCGCGCCGAGUUGGCCGAGUACGACCGGGUGCGCAUCUUCCUCGACGAGAACUUCCGCAGCAUGGACACCUUCACGGCCCUGGGAAGCGCGUACUUUGCUCACCAGUCGCUGCGCACGGUGCAGCUGUGGGACUACGCCGUCGGGGAUUACGUGGACGUCGUGGGGCGGGAUAUGAUCCUCUUCGCGCCCGAUGAACCGGCGCCCCCGCAGCACACAUCCAUCCACAAGGUCCGCUUCCCCAUCGACCACCAUCCGCUGGCCAAAGGCAGUCGCAAGGGCUUCACGCGCACCCGCUGGCGGAUUAACGGGACGCCGAUGGAUCUGGUCAAUAUCCAUUUAUUCUACGACGAGGACAAUCUAGUCGCAAUGGAAACGAGCCCGUCGCAGUACACGGACGCGCGCGCCUGGGGCCUGCGCCACUGUAUAGACUCAUUCCAAGCGGAUGGGCCGGCCGGCGUGCCCUUCUUCAUCUUCGGUGAUUUCAACUUCCGGCUGGACGUCCACGAUGUCGUGAAGAAGCUGACGGAGAACGGGAUCCGGCAGGAUGUGCUGGUCAACGGCGUCGACCCGGCCGACACGACGCCGCCGCGCGCCCGCGUCUGCUUCGUGGAGAACGACGAUCUGAACAAGUUGAUCCUGACCAUCGAGAAGAAGACCUUCGAUCAUCAUGACAAGCACGACUACGUCUUUCAAGUCGACAACGGCAAAUGGUUGCGCAAUUUCGACCAUGAGCUGACGGAUUUCGGGCCGGAGCUGACCGAGAUGGAGAUUAACUUCCCGCCCAGUUAUCCGUACGAAGAGGACAUGGAUCGGGGUAAAUUCUACAUGAAAACACGCUGUCCGGCCUGGUGCGACCGCAUCGUCAUGAACGCCGCCGGGCGGCACUUGCUGGCCACGCAUCACGCCGCCGUCGUCCGUCCCGAGUACGAUCUGAUCGGCGCCUCCGUCUGCAUGGGCGACCACAAGGUACUCGCGCUUGGAAUCUUCCUUUUGACGUUGACUAAUUUCAGAAAAUAUUUUUGAGAUGAUUUUUCUACUGAUUUUAUUUUUCGUACGAAUUUUACGUGAUAGUUCGCAGAAUUAAAUGCCGAUUAAUGGCUGAAGGAUGGUCGUA